AAGAUGGAGGGAAAAAAUUUAAAUUUCACUUUAGAGGAAGUGCAAAAUUGUUCACCUUCAUUUUAUAAAUACUUAUUUCCUGAGGAUGAUAAUGCUUGAAUCAUAUACCUUAAUAAUCAGCAGAUGUCAGUCCAGUUUAAAACCUACUACAGACUUUGAAUGAAUAUGCUCUCAACACUACUAACACCAUUAAAUGAGGAAAUAUAUUUUGAGGUAAUGGUUUCCAUGUCUCCAGUAGAUUUCCAGACACUUAAAGAACCAGUGCCAAAGGGUAUUUGUGCUGACCUGAGACACUUUUGUGAACUUUUCCUUUAAUUUCCAACUUCGCUGAUGUUUUAUUCAGCAAAUUGGGACAUUAGGUCUGAUCUGUAGGUUUACUGAUUUUAUUUAAUUUUAUUUAAUUUAUUUAGAAAGAGGGACAAUACAUAUUAAUGAACAUUUUAACAAAUGUAAAUAUGCCAGAUUAUAGCCUUGGCUAAUGUCCAUCUGCAGACCCUCUGGCAGCUUACAGGUUUUUGCAUUUUUUUAAAUAGUGGCAGGUUAGUGCUUUUUAGUUAUGAAUGCUAGUCUACAUGACCUGUAAAUACAUUUGAUUAAAAAAAGUUUUGUUUUUGUUUGGUACUUUAUAUAAAUCGAUGUGAUAUGUGAGUCACUAUUGAUGAUAACCACAAUCCCAGCUCCAAAUCCCAACCCUGCUGUCUGGAGACAAGAAAAAAGUAUUUAAAAAUACAUUUUAUUUUAUUUUAUUUUAUCCCCUAAUUGCCAAUAAUUGGGAGAAUAAUUUUUUUUAAAAAAGCACUUUUUGAUAGCAUAGUGUUACGAUUAGGCUCAUCACCAGUGACGACUUAAACUUCAAAUUGUUAAUGUAAUGUAUGUUUUGAAGAUUCAGAGUAGCUGUCACAGGGCAGGAGUCACUUGUAUGAAGCUACAGAGAAUAUCACCACAUAACAGAAACAAACGUAGACCUCAUGGAGACUAUUAAGGUCUUUAAUCUAACUGUUUUUAUUGCCUAAAAAUGUUUUUAUUCAGGUUGGAGACUGAUUUGCUACCUGAUGAGAAAAGAAUCUGGAACAAACAUGCAGCAUACUGACAAAUGCCUGACCUUGAAAACAAAGCUUGGGCCAAAACAUAUUGCUGGUAUGACACAUGAUCAAGUCCUCACUACCCUAAAACAUUUUUAUUAUUUCUCUUUUCUUUUCACAAGUUCAUCCAACUGAUCAGGUGACUGCACUUUAGAUCAUAUUAAAGUUUUCUCAUCGUGUUUGUUUUCCUUCUGCGUGCCUACACUGUUUGCUGUACCCAUGCCAGUACAUUUGCUCCUCGUCUUUCAUCACUGAUGGACUCCAUAGAGCAGACCUCUUAAGACCAUCAAAGGGCCACAGCGAAACCCUUUUAUGAAACCCAGUGUGAACCAAGUAAUAAGAGACUGAAUGAUUGAGAAGAAGAAGAAGAAGAAAGAAAUUCCACUAUAGGUCGGAUGUAAGCCAACGUCCCCAGACUCACUGGCUUGUGGUUUGGGCUCAACCAGUUCGUCAACAUUCUUCCAUAUGCUGCUUUGCGUCUGGUUCUUCUUCGCACAGAAGAAGUGCACAACAAGAGAUACAGUCACACACUUUUUUUAAGAUUAGUCCACAACAUAUAGAACUUGCCUGAUAUGCAAUCUCUUAUUUUAUUUUUGUAUUAUCUGUACUUUUACAGUAAUGCAUUACGGCUAUUAAAUCGCUCCAAAACUUCACAUAGGGUCACAUCUCAUUGUUAGUUUCUUUCAUUUUAUGAAAGAGUUUCCAUUGAGACAAGAAACUCAACAUAAAUACAUUUUGAAAUCAAACACAGAUUAUAUUAUAUUAAUAUUUUAUCAGUAUAAAUAUGAUUGUAGCAUAUAUGUCUACAUACUCUAUCACCUCCUUAAUGUUGGGACAAUCUGAAUGAAACAAACACAUAAUAUCUAUAUGUUUAAAAAGAAACAUUAUCAAUCCAAAUUCUUUGGCUUUUCGUGUAUAUUAUGUUAAUUUCAUCAUCCCCCUGUGAAUAUGAUGUUAUGCUCUCCAUUGUGUUGCCUGUACAUAACUUAAUCACCAAAAUGUGUAUCCUCAGUGGACUCUGUGGGACUAGCAAAAGUUUAACAUGAGUAUAAUGGUUGUAAAUAAUGGGAUUAUUAGGUCAUUGUAAAGAACUUUUGCAUUUGCAAAAACAAGUAGUGUUUGAGCAAUAGGCUAGAAAACUGAUGCCAGAGAUGUGAAAUGUGAAAUAUGCACACUGAUAGGUUGGAUCCUGCUGUCUAAUUAGAAAUUUCUUGACAUUUUGACCACAGCACUAAAACCACGAGAGCUACAAUGCUAAUCUAGCUACAGAUUUUAACAAGCAAGGCUGUUACGCCUUCAAGCUGACAUUUUAUCACUUUUUCUUUCUUUUCUUUUUCUUUUGGCUGGUUUCGUUAUGAAGCCACAUCCGAGUUGGGGAAAGUAAUUUUAUAAAUGUCUGUUUUUCAGAAACCUCGCAAUUUCCAGCACCCCCUUCAUUAUCCCUGUCAACUGUUUACAGUGUCUUCAUUAGCAGACACCCCUCUAAUGAUAACAAAGCUUUAAAGAAGGCAUCGGCUGCAGUGAUAAGCAUGGCCAAGCUACUAUUUUAGUUGACACAAGUCCCCCUGUUUACUCUGGGAGCAUGGGAGCGGACACCAGGAGUCUGAUAUGUGUACUGAGAAUUGCCAUUUUCAAAAUUUGCCACAGCAAAGUCUGUUUUCGAGCAGGGGAGACGGUGAAGUUCUCACCAGUUUAGUCACAUUCAAAAUGCAGCUCUCCAGAAGCUCCCUGUUCCAGGUGUGUUUAAGUUUGGUGGCUACCAUUGGUUCCUGCCACUGUAAACCUAUCAACAAUGACAUCAGAAGGAACAUGGAGGAACUCUACUCUCAGCUCUCAGAGGACCUUCUGGAAGAGGAAGAGACAGAUUCGAGGAUGGAGAACCUCCUGGGAACCAUGAAGGAGGGUUUUCUGAGACAGCUCAACUUGUCAGACGUUCCUCAGGAGCACAGCAAGAUCAUCCCCCCUCAGUUCAUGAUGGAACUGUACAACAAGUAUGCCUUGGACACCUCGGCAGCCCCUCAGUCUGAUGUCAUACGAAGCUUCACUGUGCAAGAUUUAACUCUCUCUAUGACGAAUGGGACAAAGUCAAAGUACAGGCUGCAGUUCAACAUCAGCAUCCCCAGCCAUGAAAAGAUCACAACUGCUGAGCUGCAGCUUUUCUUUUUCCCAAACUUCAGGCCAAGAGUCACCUCCCACAAUUUCAAGAUCAUGGUUAAAGUCUACGAAGUCGAUACGAACAAUUUCACAUCCUCAGCCCAACUGCUGGUGGGCAAAGAGGUGGCAGGCUCUCAGAGCACAUGGACAACGUUUGAUGUGACCACGGCUAUUCAGAGCUGGAUCAAGUCAGGCCCUGCACCAACUGUUUUUGACGUAGCGGUGGAUAUGAAAGAUUGUGGGGAUUCUGGAAGCGGGGCGGCAGGGGCCAGCUGUUUAAACAUGAGCGUGUCCGUCGGCGAUAAUACCUCUGCGGCUUUGAUUGUCUUCUCAAAUGACCUCAGUAACAGGAGGAGGGAGAUGAAGAAGGAACUAAGAGAGAUGAUCCUUCAUGAAGAAGAAACCAUCCUACAUUCAGGGGCUGACUGGAACAGAGGAUAUCAGCUACCAAACGAGAUCCCUGAUUCUCAGCACCCACAGAGAACAAAAAGACGAGCACCGAGGGAACACUGCCGGCGGACCUCGCUCAAGGUCAACUUUAAAGACAUUGGCUGGGACAGCUGGAUCGUGGCGCCUCGGGAAUAUGAUGCCUUUGAAUGUCGCGGCCAGUGUUACCAUCCACUGACGGAUGAGUCAUCUCCAUCAAAACACGCCCUUAUCCAGACGCUGAUGAACAUCAGGGACCCCAAGAAGGCCAACAUGGCAUGCUGCGUCCCAAUCCAACUUGACCCCAUCACAGUCAUGUAUCAGGAGAAUGGGCGCAUCACUAUAAGAUAUCUGUAUGAAGAGAUGAAGGUAGCAGAGUGUGGCUGCAGGUAGUUUGCCCUUACCCUAGCAAAGGUAAUGAUCAUCCUAAAUUUAAAUUUUAUUCCAUUUAGUUCAAUGUUCAAGGAUAACAGGUCAUAUGGCAACUUUCAUGCCCUGUAUUGGUCCAAAAGGUUGUAAAAUAUUCCAGAGUUUUUGUUUAGUUUUGUUUUUUAAAGUCUUUUCUAUUAAUUCUACUGAUUUUUUUUUAUUGAUCUGUUGAUUCAACUGAUAUAUGCACAUGACUUAUAUGUAGAAAAAAGUUCAGUAGCAAACUAUGGCUUCAUGUGGGAGUUAAACGCCACCCUCCCUCGUGGAAGUUCAUAAUAAACGCGCACCACCUGUAUUUAGCUUUAAGUUCUCCAUAUUAUUUUAUUCUAACCGUGAAAAAAGCUGUGAUUAGCUCUUCUAGACUAGAAGGGGUAUUUCUAAUCUAUCAUUGUGGACUAGAAUUCUCUACAGCGUGAAAAGAGAUGUCAUACAAGGUACAGGAGUCUGUUGAUUGUGCUAAAAAUAUCUCCCAUCCCUAGGUUCAAUUUUAGGUGAAGCUAGGAAGAAGCUAAACUUCAAGAUAAGAACUUUUCUAGCAAAUAUUCUAAAUAAAUGAAUACUAAGGAAUAAAGAAUUGCUCUAAACUAUGCACCUAUUUUUUGUCAGAAGUAAGGUACUAUGCAUAAUUGAUGAAAAAAAAAACUGGCAAUCACUUAAAUUAAUACCCCAAUGCUAACAGCAUGACAGACUUGCUGCUUUUGAGAGUUCAUUGUAAGAUAUGCGUGACGGUUUGUCAGACCAACAGGAUAGUGGAAGAGCAAAGGAAAGGGACACAUUUUGCAUUUAUUGUAUUUAAUUCUCAUUAUGUGUACAUUAAAGGUUUUCCCUGUAUGUGUGGAGUACAUAAUAAAAAGCAUGUAAAAAGCAAAGUUAAACGAGUUUACUAUUACAGGUAAAACAGGUAUAAUUAUUGUUUGUAAUAAGCUGGUGAAACACAAAUUCACAUAUAAUCACUGCUCAUUUGCUGAUAUAACACAUCUGUAUAUUGAUAUUGUAAGUAUAAAUUAUUUAUAUUGAUAUAUAUCUGGUAUUAGUCUGUAAAUUAUUAACAUUACAUUCAUUGACAGCAUAAACAUGCCCACCAUGGGCUACUACAGAGGGGCAGAAGUCAAAAAUUGAUAGGUGUGUAUCUGUACUUAUGAUCCCUGAGAGAAAGAAAUUACAGAAAAAUGUAUAUUUAAAAGAAAUAAUAAUUAUUAGAAUAUUUGCUCUCAGUGUGCAGAUUUUUACUCUCCUAUAUGUAGCAUGAUGUCAUCAUUUUGUUUCUAAGGUAUUCCAACCCUGAAAUUAAUAAAAAAUUCUCGGGCUCU